UCUCCUUAACUUCAAAACGUGCAAGCAAACCUGACGCACACCACACACCCACGCACAUCACGCGCAGUCUCUGUUUGUUUCCCAGUAAAACAAAACAAAAACGCGUUUUCCGUGCGGAAAAUCCUCAAUUUUCCGGGAAUCGAAUCUGCACAAUGGUUUCCCGGGAAAACACCAAUUGGCUCUUCGAUUACGGCUUGAUAGAUGAUAUUCCCGCCGUCGAUGCCUCCUUCACCGUCCCUUCCUCCGGCUUCACAUGGCCUCCUAAUGCCUUGAAUGCCACUUCCAAUGUCGGUGUUGAAGUUGACGGUUCACUGGUGGAUUCUGAUGGUCUCAAAGAGUCUGGCUCAAAGAAGAGGGUUAGAUCUGAGACAUAUGCUGCUUCUAGCUCCAAGGCAUGUCGGGAGAAGUUGCGAAGAGAUAAGCUUAACGACAAGUUUGUUGAAUUGGGCUCCAUUUUGGAGCCUGGAAGGCCUACGAAAACUGAUAAGGCUGCUAUCCUGAUUGAUGCUGUCCGUAUGGUGACACACUUAAGGGGUGAAGCGCAGAAGUUGAAAGACUCUAAUCAGGGUCUUCAAGAAAAGAUUAAAGAGUUAAAGGCUGAGAAGAAUGAACUUCGGGAUGAGAAACAGGUGCUCAAGGCGGAGAAGGAGAAGUUGGAGCAGCAGCUGAAAUCUUUGAAUGCACAACCCAGUUUCAUGCCUCCCCCUGCUGCUAUCCCUGCUGCAUUUGCGGCGCAAGGCCAAGCCCACGGAAACAAGUUGGUACCUUUUAUUAGUUAUCCAGGAGUUGCAAUGUGGCAAUUCAUGCCGCCUGCUGCAGUGGAUACCUCACAGGAUCACGUACUCCGUCCACCAGUUGCCUAAGCUGGCACUGUACAAUUCUCUGAGCUUGCAUUUUGGCCCAGAAUUGUAUCCAUUUUACCAAUACCUUCUUGGCUUUGUUAGUUCUCUUCCAAGUAUUCUAACUGGACCCAGUGGUGACAACGGUCUGUAUUUGGCAUAUGAUACUAUUAUGAUUAAUGCUGGUAUUUGCUUGUAAAUGUUAAAUAAGCUUGUCUGUCUGGCUGUCCUCGUCUCUGUUUUAAUACUAGCUACUGGAUUCUAAGAUAAUCCGAUUUUAGGUUCACCGUAACAUUAUUUCAGCUUAGGCCAUGGAAAAUAGGUGAGAGGGCAUUGUUGCUAGUAGAAGAUAUAGAUAGAUUUUAACAAUCGAGGAAGCAAUUUAGUGCUGUCAGUUUUCAAUUUAGUGCUGCCAUAUUUCCUUACGCAA